AUGGUUAAAAUCCUAAACCAACUCACCAAACUAUUCACCUCUCCAAAGAUAUUUUGUAGAAACUUGUUAGCAAGGAGUGGAGGAAAAUGGUACAACGUAGAAACAGGUAGAAAGGAUGGGAAAGUUUCCUUAGCAUCAAAUGUGAAUCUUCCUUCUCCAUCAAUUUCAGUCUCUGAUUCCAUCAAAGUCUUUGGCAAUAAAAAUCUUUCUUCAACAGAUAUGGUUUAUCUUCUAGGUGGCCACACUGUUGGAAAUACUCAUUGCUCACUCAUCCAAGAUAGGAUAUACAACUUCAAUAAUACAGGUGUUCAUGAUCCAACCAUGAGCCAAUGGCUAUUUUCUGAGUUAAAGAAUAAGUGUCCUAGAGUUGCAUCCAAUAAUGUUGACAACCCUAUUCCUCUUGAUAUGAAGAGUCCAUCAUUUGUAGAUAACUCAUUUUUUCAAGAAAUUCAAAAGGGAAAUGGGGUUCUUAAAAUUGAUCAACAACUAGCAUUGGAUGGAUUGACAAAGAAAAUUGUGGGUGAUAUUGUCAAAGACCCUAAUUUUUACACUAAGUUUGGAGAAGCCAUGGUGAAAUUGGGUAGAGUUGAAGUACUAACUGAUGGACAAGGAGAAGUGAGGACAUCAUGUAGGGUUGUGAAUAAGAAGUCAUUCUUUUUUGGGUUGUUCAAUUGA